AUGGGGCAGUCUAUCUCUACCCCCUUAAGUCUGACUUUAAAACACUGGACUGAAGUAAAAACCAGAGCUCAUAACCUCUCUGUGCAGGUUAAAAAAAAUAAAUGGAUAACACUUUGUUCUUCGGAAUGGCCAACUUUCCAACUCGGGUGGCCUGCCGAAGGUUCCUUUUCUCUGCCGCUGAUUACAGCAGUUAAAAGGAAAAUUUUUGGUCAUAAUUCUAAGGGUCAUCCUGACCGUCCUUACAUUAUUGUGUGGGAAAACCUAAUCACGGAUCCACCCUUGUGGGUUUGGCCUUUUGUCCCCUUAACAGGUCCAUCGGCAGUGUUUGCCCUCAAGGAAGAUAAAGAAAAACCUCCUGUUUUACAAGAUACUGAUCCAGAUCUUCUUCUCAUGGAUCCCCCUCCCCUGCAUCCCCCAGCUCUUCAUCCAAAGGUCGCACAGCCAUCAGCCCCACCAGUAGGGGUGCAGAACUCUGGACCAGCACUGGGGACCCGCAGUCGGCAUGCAGGCUCUCCAGAUGCUAUCCCUACUUUCCCUCUUAGGGCUUACAGCUUCCCAGAUGAGGACAGCAACCAGCCCCUGCAGUAUUGGCUCUUCUCUUCUUCUGAUCUUUACAACUGGAAAUCCCAGAAUCCCUCUUUCUCUGAAAAACCCCAAGGACUCACUAAUCCUGUAGAAUCCCUCCUCUUUACCCAUCAGCCCACUUGGGAUGACUGUCAGCAACUCCUCCAGGUCUUGUUCACCACUGAGGAAAGACAACGGAUCCUCCUGGAAAGCCAAAAAACCAUUCCAGGACCUGACAGGAGACCCACCCUCCUCCCUGAUGUCAUAGAUGUGGGGUUUCCACUGACUUAGCCUAACUGGGAUUUCAACUCAGCAGAAGGUAGGGAGCACCUGAAGGUUUAUCGCCAGGCUCUAAUGGCAGGUCCCAGAGGGGCAGCAAAACGCCCCACCAAUUUGGCUAAGGUAAGGGAAGUGACCCAGGGGCCCAAUGAGUCUCCAUCAGCAUUUCUAGAGAGACUCAUGGAGGCAUUCCGUCAGUUUACUCCCUAUGAUCCCAGUAGCGAAGAACAUAAAACUACUGUGAUAGUUGCUUUCAUUGACCAGUCUAGUAAAGAUAUCAGAAAAAAACUACAGAGACUUGAGGAAUUACAAGACAAGUCCUUACGGGAGUUAGUACAGGUUGCUGAAAAAGUAUAUCAUAAUAGGGAGUCAGAAGAAGAAAAAGAAGAAAAAAAAAACCAGAAAGAACAGGAGGCUAGAGAAAUAAAAAGAGAAAAGCGACAGGAAAGAAACCUUCACAAAAUUCUGGCCACAGUAGUCAGAAAGACUAGGGAGCCUAGUAAGACAGUUCCUGGCGGCAAAAAGGAACCCCUAGCAAAGAACCAAUGUGCGUACUAUAAAGAAAAAGGACAUUGGACUCGAGAAUGUCCCAAGAAAAAGAACAAAAAGCCUCAGGCCCCCAAGGUCUUGGCCCUGCGAGAUAGUGACUAGGGGGGACGGAGUUUGGAUCCCCUCCCCGAACCCAGGGUAACAUUAGUGGUGGAGGAACCUACCCAAUUCAUCGUAGACACAGGAGCUGAACACUCAAUACUUUUACAAGCUGGAGGGCCCCUUCUCCCCAAAAAGUCAUGGGUACAAGGGGCCACUGGAAAUAAACAAUACUCAUGGACUACCCAAAGAACGGGGGAUCUUGGUGUGGGCCGGGUAUCCCACUCUUUCAUUGUCAUUCCAGAGUGCCCAUACCCACUGCUAGGAAGAGACCUCCUUACCAAGAUGGGUGCCCAAAUACACUUCGGCCCCGAGGGACCUCAGGUGUUAAAUCAGCAAGGAAAGCCUUUUCAAAUACUGACUCUGAGGCUAGAGGAUGAGUACCAGUUGUUUAAACAGCGGAAACAAGAAACCGGACACAUGGACUGGCGGCUAAGCCAUUAUCCUCAGGCAUGGGCCGAAACAGCAGGAAUAGGAAAGGCUAAAAAUAGGCCACCUGUCCACAUAGAACUGAAGGCUCAAGCCAGUCCCAUAGCAAUCCGACAGUACCAAAUGCCUCGAAAGGCACGUGAGGGCAUCAAACCUCACAUCAUGCGCUUGCUCCAGUUGGGAGUUUUACAGAAGUGCCAAUCUGCCUGGAAUACUCCCUUGCUGCCAGUCAAAAAGCUCAGAACUGGUGACUACUGGCCAGUCCAAGAUCUCCAAGAGGUAAACAAACACGUGGUUGAUCUCCAUGCCACCGUUCCUAAUCCUUAUAAUCUUUUAAGAUCUUUACCUCCAGACAGGACCUGGUACACGGUACUAGAUCUCAAAGAUGCAUUCUUCUGCUUGCCGUUGACUCCCAAGAGUCAAGACUACUCCACCUUCGAGUGGAGAGACACAGAGGCCGGUCUGACGGGACAACUUACCUGGACCCGUCUGCCCCAAGGAUUUAAAAAUUCUCCCACCAUCUUUGAUGAGGCCCUCCACCAGGACUUGGCAAUGUUCCGGGCCUCUAACCCUCAGGUAACUCUGCUGCAGUAUGUAGAUGAUCUCCUCCUGGCAGCGGCCAACGAGGAACUGUGUUUGAAAGGAACAAAGCAUCUCCUCAUGGAGUUAGGAAAGCUGGGCUAUCGAGCCUCUGCCAAAAAGGCCCAGAUCUGCAAGCGACAGGUCAGUUACCUGGGGUACCUUCUCAAAGACGGGAAAAGAUGGUUAUCUGAGGCCAGAAAAGAGACAGUGUUUCACAUUCCGCCACCCUCUAACCCGAGGCAAGUCAGAGAAUUUUUAGGUACUGCUGGGUUUUGCCGCCUGUGGAUACCUUGUUUUGCUGAGAUGGCAGCCCCAUUAUAUCCCCUCACUAAGAACAGUCAGCCCUUCAAAUGGGGAAAAGAGGAACAACAGAUUUUCGAUAAUAUUAAAACGGCCUUAAUGUCUGCACUGGCUCUGGGACUCACUGACGUGACUAAACCCUUCCACCUGUAUGUGGCAGAAAACAGGGGGAUUGCAAAGGAGAUACUAACUCAAAAACUGGGAUCCUGGAACAGGCCCGUGGCAUAUCUGUGCAAGAAGUUAGACCCAGUAGCCUCAGGGUGGCCAGCUUGCCUGAGAAUCUUGGCAGCAGUUGCAAUCCUAGUAAAAGAUGCUGAUAAACUGACUAUGGGACAAAAUUUAGUAAUUUCAGCACCUCAUGCCUUAGAGAGUGUUGUCCGCCAGCCUCCCAACCGUUGGCUCACCAAUGCACGCAUGACUCAUUAUCAGACUCUGUUACUAAAUCCAGAUCGGGUAACUUUUGCUCCACCAGCAAGCUUAAAUCCAGCUUUGCUGCUGCCAGACCCGGACUUUGACCCUCCCAUCCAUGAUUGCCAACAAGUGCUUGCUGAAACACAUGGAUGGAGAAAAGACUUGUCAGAUCAGCCUCUGACAGACGCCGAGGCUACUUGGUUCACAGAUGGUAGCAGCUUUCUGGAAAAUGGGGAACGAAAGGCCGGAGCGGCAGUAGUAGGCAGCCAAAAACUGAUGUGGGCACAAGGUCUACCUACCGGGACGUCAGCCCAGAAAGCAGAGCUCAUCGCCCUCACAAAAGCCCUUGAACUAGGAGAGGGCAAAAGAAUCAACAUCUAUACAGACAGCAGGUAUGCCUUUGCCACUGCCCACAAAGGGGAUUCCCCCAUCGCCAAGGGAAACAACUUGGCCGAUUCAGAAGCAAGGGCAGCAGCCCACGGGUCCUCGUCUAUUUUGCUGAUAAACGUCCCCAAGCCAGAAAAGCCCAAUUUCCAGUAUUCAGCUGAGGACGUAGCAGAGAUCUCAAAAGACUCUAGUAACCAUUCUAAUCCAGAAACAGGGCAUUGGCAUGCAGCAACAGGCAAGCUGAUCUUGCCGCGAAAACAAGCUCAUGCCAUGAUCAAACGAAUGCAUCAGCGGACCCACCUGGGGGCAGACAAGCUGAUUCAAACUAUAAAUGUGUGCAAAGGUGCCACGGAGCCUGGCAAAAGACCUAGGGGAAACCGAUCGGGGCUAUGUUGGGAAAUAGAUUUCACUGAAAUCAAACCUGGUAAAUAUGGUUACAAGUAUCUCCUAGUAUUCAUAGAUACCUUCUUGGGAUGGGUAGAAGCGUUCCCAACAAAACAGGAAACCUGCACCGUAGUGGUCAAGAAAAUCCUGGAAGAAAUUUUUCCACGCUUCGGAGUGCCCAGGGUAAUUGGGUCUGAAAAAGGGCCUGCCUUCAUCACCCAGAAAGGGGAUUCCCCCAUCGCCAAGGGAAACAACUUGGCCGAUUCAGAGGAAAGGGCAGCAGCCCACGGGUCCUCGUCUAUUUUGCUGAUAAACGUCCCCAAGCCAGAAAAGCCCAAUUUCCAGUAUUCAGCUGAGGACAUAGCAGAGAUCUCAAAAGACUCUAGUAACCAUUCUAAUCCAGAAACAGGGCAUUGGCAUGCAGCAACAGGCAAGCUGAUCUUGCCACGAAAACAGGCUCAUGCCAUGAUCAAACAAAUGCAUCAGCGGACCCACCUGGGGGCAGACAAGCUGAUUUGA